AUGGAGUCCGGCGGGUUCCUUUCCCGAACCGUUCCGUCCGUCGGCUCCGAACCUGCCGACAGCCGCGGCGGCUGGCGCGCAGCGCGCUUCCUCCUAGCUGUCGGGUUCUUGGAGCGAAUCGGAUUCUACGGCGUGCAGGCGAACCUGAUCAUGUACCUGAACGGCCCGCUGGGCAUGUCCACGGCGGCCGCUGCUGCCAGCGUGAACGCGUGGGCCGGGACGGUGCAGGUGCUGCCGCUUGUCGGCGCGCUCGCCGCGGACUCACGGCUGGGGCGGUACAGAGCGGUCCUAGCCGCUGGCGUGCUCUAUCUGCUGAGCUUGGGAAUGCUGACGGUCUCAUCCACGCUGCAAACACCGCAGCCUCACGCCGGGAGCUCCCCCUCCCCUUCCUCUGCCCGGCUCGUCUUGUUCUACAUCGCGCUCUACCUGCUGGCGCUGGCGCAGGGCUUCCACCGUCCGUGCGCGGAGGCGCUCGGCGCGGACCAGUUCGCUACGACGAGCGAGGCCGAGGGCGACCGGAGUGCGCUCGCCGCGUCCCGGAGCUCCUACUUCAACUGGUUCCAUUUCUCCAUAUCAUGGGGCUACGCCAUCGCCACCGCGGGCCUGAGCUACGUUGAGGACAACCUCGGCUGGGCCAUCGGGUUCGCCGCGUGCUGGGCCACGAUGGUGUUAUAUCUUGCAUUCUUCUUGCUUGGCACACGAACUUAUCGUGCCGAAAAACCCGUCAGCGGCAGAUCGUUCACUGAAAUCGCGUGGGACUGGGCGGCCAGGGUCCUCCGUCGCAAAGAUGCCACCGAGGAUACCACCGCCGAACGGCUUGUAGCUCCAGAACGUGAGGAUGAAAGUAAAGGGCUCGUCGCCAAGCUGCUCCCGAUAUGGGUGACGAGCCUAGUCUUCGCGGCCAUCUACUCGCAACUCUACACCCUGUUCACCAAGCAGAGCAGCACGCUGGACCGGCGCCUCGGCGGUGCCACGGGCCCCGUCGUGCCGCCCGCGGCGCUCCAGGUCUUCGUCAGCGUCACCAUGAUCGCCGUGCUCCCAGUCUACGACCGCGUGCUGGUGCCGCUCGUGAGGCGCUUCACGAGGCACCACGCGGGCAUCACGCCGCUCCAGCGCAUCGGCGCCGGCAUGGCCAUGUCCGGCGUCACCAUGGUCGUCGCGGCGGUGGUCGAGGGCAGGCGGCUCCGCGUGGCCAGGGACGCGGGCCUGGUGGACCGGCCGGACGUGGCACUGCCGAUGAGCCUGUGGUGGGUGGUGCCUCAGUACGUCAUGAUUGGUGUCUCGACCGUGCUCGCUGAGAUCGGGCUCGAGGAGUUCUUCUACGACCAAGUACCCGACGCGAUGCGAAGCGUCGGGCUCGCGCUGUCCCUCAGCGCCAUGGGCGCCGGGAGCUAUGCCAGCAGCGUGCUUGUUUCGGUGAUCGAUUGGGCAACGAGGAACUGGGGCGCCGAGAGCUGGUUCUCUGAUAACCUCAAUCGAGCACACCUCGACUACUUCUACUGGCUCCUGGCAGGGCUCGCCGCUUUCGAGGUGGCCGCGUUCUUGCAUUUUGCAAGCAGAUACGUCUACAGAAAAGUCUAG